GAUUUUAAUUCUUGGAGUCACAUAUAAAGGCUUUGUCGUGACAUUGUGAGGGCGCCUCUCUAGUUAACAGUUUACGACCGACAGGUCAGCAUCGAGCAUUUGGCGCAGAAUGGCACUGUGUGCUAUGGGUCGAUUGACGUUAUUAGUGGUCUUAGUCGUGUAGUCGUGUGAUACUGUGCGUGCGCGUCGUGUGGACUGGUCGCGGGUGAUGGUCGUGCCAAACCCUACGCAGCGGCGACACAACACCCUCUGGCUCUGAAGCCGACCGCUCGAGCUGAUCUCUGCGGGGCAUCUCGUGCUGUCUCCACACUGUCCGGUGCAUCGGACUCGGAUGCAAUCUAUAAUGGUUGUCGGGUGAGGUGCGAUGGGCGCGCUGCGCUCGCACCUGGCGGCGGCGGCGGUGCUCGGCGCGCUACUGCUGCUCCUGCUCGCGCGCCUGCCCCCCGCGCGUCUGCCCGCGCCGCCCCGCCCCCUCGCCCUCACGCACCCCGUCGCGCCUGUCGCCAACCGCACCUCGCCGCCGACGCCGCAGCCGCCUUCACCCUCCUCAGCGCAAGCGCCCUCGGCUUCACCCUCGCCCGAGUCCACGGCGCGGCCCACGGCGCGACCCACAGCGCGUCCCACGGCGCGGCCCACGGUGCGAACGACGCGUAAGCCGACGAGCGGCGGGCCGGUGCUGACGCGCGACGUGUACGUGGCGGGGCACGAGCGGCCGCACCCCGAGCUGUGCCCGGCGCUGGGCGCGAAGCUGCGCCUGGUGGUGCUGGUGACGUCGGCGCCGUCGCACCGCGAGGCGCGCGCCGCCGUGCGCCUCACGUGGGGACACUACGCGGCGCGCUCCGACGUGGCGCUCGCGUUCGUGCUCGGAGCUCCGCCCGCCGCGCUGCGCCCCGCCAUCGAGCAGGAGGACGCGCUCUACGGCGACAUGAUCGUGGGCCGCUCCAUCGACUCCUAUUCCAACCUGACGCUCAAGACGCUAUCGAUGCUGGAGUGGGUGGACACGUACUGCCCGCGGGCGCCGCGCCUUCUCAAGACCGACGACGACAUGUUCAUCAACGUGCCGCGGCUGCUGGAGUUCGCGUCGGCGCCGUCGCGCGUCAACGCCACGCGCACCAUCUGGGGCAAGGUGGUGCGCAAGUCGCUACCGAAGCGCACCACCAAGUCCAAGUACUACGUGUCGCCGGCGCAGUUCCCGGGCAAGGUGUUCCCGGACUUCACGACGGGCCCGGCGUACCUGGUGACGGCGGACUGCGUGCGGCCGCUGCUGGCGGCGGCGCCGGCCGAGCCCUACCUGCGGCUGGAGGACGUGUUCGUGACGGGCGUGCUGGCGGCCAAGCUGGGCCUCACGCGCCGCCACGCGCCCGAGUUCUACAACAAGAAGGUGGCCGCCCACCCCUGCGCCGUGCAGCGCGGCCUCGCCAUACACAUGGUGCGCUACCACGAACAGUUCGACCUCUGGCGCAAGCUGCUCGACGGAAAGACCAAGUGCGCCACAUAACUGUAUACCGCGACACUCCGCGACACUCCGACACGACUCGCACCAAGCGCGACACUUUGAGAGACAACCGAGAAAACUCCAAUAGUAAAUAAAGUCCAGGACGCUAAUGCUUAGCGACUUUGUGAUUAUUUUCGAUACCUUGAGGAUUUCUUUAUAGACCGAUAACAAUAAGGGCGUGUAGUGCAGUGAAAGGCGUUAGUGUGUGUGCAAGCUGUGCUGAGUGUUCAGUGCGGUGCGGAUGAGCCGCGACUCGACUCAAGUACAAAACUGUACAAGUUUACAACUCGUGUAUUGAGCUCGCUUCCACUCACGCCGAGCGCGAGUCACAGAACAGUAAACACCUCUCGGCGGUGUUUUCUUAAAUAUACUAUAUUGAUUAUAAAUAAUAUUCAAAUUUAAAUUAUAAUUAGUUCAUACAGGGGGAUUGAGUUAUUGUGUUGGCGUGUCCACUGCCCCCAUGGGAGGGCCGCGUGCUGCCACUGUUUAUAAUAUAAUGUCUAUUUGCAGUUCAUAUCAAGUUUCAUUUUAUUCUAUUUAUGGCCAUUACUAGCCAAAUGUAUUUUUUUAUAAAUGUUUUUAACAAUAUUUUUUUAGUUUAUUUGACCUACAACUUGCUAGCUUGAUUCGUACUCGGUGUGAGUGGAGGUUUUUCUUAUAAAUGUGCCGCGGCGAGCCUGUGGCGAUAGGUGGCCCCGGGCUGAGGGACAGAGCGGCGACGACAAAAUAAUGCCAGAGCAAGUGAAACUCAACCUUAUAGCCGUUGCCUGUUAUACUACAGAAAUUAGGAUAAUGAAAACACUGAGCAGUUCAGACGCAUAAAGUUGGAUUUCAGUUAUCAACGUUUGCUCUCUCGCGCGAAUCCUUCCGCGCUGGCCCUCACCCGACGACACAGCUUCGGCACGACACAUGCGCAAAUAUAUCGGAGGAGGUAUCGCGCAACACUCCUCCCAUAUCAACUCCAUUGUUUGUUGGAUUUGAGCUUUUGUCGUGUACGUGCGACAUGCUGUUGUGUGUCGGUCAUCAAUCUCUAGUGUCGGACACUCGCCGCCACUAGAACUGCGACUUUAAGCAAUAAUAUUAUAUAACGAGUAGCAAUAUAACCGCACGCGAUGGCGGCGGCGGGACGGGGGAACGAGGGGGGGGGGGGUGAGAGUAUAGACUAUAGCGCCUUGCUCCUUGCGCGACACGACGCAGCGCUUACGUGCUGGUGUGGGGGCAACACUCGGGCGAACAGCAAAUGAACGAUAAGUUACACAAUGAUAUCGUGCGCGUUUCAUACAUUCCUUACUUUUUCCAAUGUUACAAAGCUGUGUGGUUGCGAGUGCUGUCCCCCACGCGCUGCGCAUGCGCACUGAGCGACUGCGCCGUCCACUCACACGAUAUUAUACUAAUAUUAUUAUAAUAAACAAAAAUGUAGGUGUGUGGAAGUAUGGAGCGUGUCGUCGACACCGCGCGGGCUCGACACCGCUCGCGGCUCGCGCCCGCGCGGUGUCGCGCCGCGCUCGCCGCCCGCCGCCGAGACUCCGCGCCGCCACAGUGGCGCCGUGCGGUCGCGGCGGCGCGGCGCGGAUUGUGGAUAACGCCAGUGAUUGUCGGUUGUGUCUCCUGUAAAUAUAAUACUGUAAUAUAUACCUA